AUGACUUACUCUAAAAUUCUCUUGAUCUUCCUUGUUAUUUUUCUCAAUUCUGCAACUAUCAAGGCACAAAACUCUCCAUUUUUUCUGUAUAGAAAUUGUUCCACCAACCUUUUCACGACCAACAGCCUCUUCCAAACCAAUCUCAAGACCCUACUCUCUUCAUUUUCUUCAAAAGCCACGGGAAACACCGAAUUCUUCAACACCACAAUCCCUGGUAUAAACCGCUCUGAUUCUGUGUAUGGAUUGUUCAUGUGCAGGGGGGAUGUACCCUCUAAAGUCUGUCAUGAAUGCAUAGCUGAUGCAAUCCAGCAACUAUCCUCACAGUGUUCUUUGUUCAAACAAGCUGUGAUUUGGUACAACGAGUGCAUGCUUCGAUACUCCGACUACUACUUCUUUUCGGCCGUUGAUAAGUCUGGUUUUUCCUUGACCAAUACGGCCGAUGUCUCAAACAAGAAAACCUUCAUUCCUUUAUUGCAUUCGUUCAUGAAUCAAACUGCAGAUAAAGCAGCACGUCCACUUAAGAACAAGAAGUUUGCUACAAAUGAAAUACGAGUUUCGGAAUUUGAGACCCUUUACUGUCUAGCUCAGUGCACCCCGGACUUGUCCCCAAAUGAUUGCAGAACCUGUCUCAGCAGUGCUAUUGAGGAACUUCCAACAUGUUGUAAUGGGAAGGUGGGUGGGAGAUAUCUUAACCCUAGCUGUAAUGUUAGGUAUGAACUAUAUCCUUUUUAUAGGUCUAUUGAUGUUACUUCACCUAAUGACCUUGCUCCUCAAACAAAUGAUUCAAAGCUAGAUGGUAGAUUUUCCCAAGAUCCAUUUUAUCUUUCCUAUAAUUGCUCAACUCACCCCAAUACAAUCACCCAGGAAAACUUCAAGUUACUUCUUACUGAUUUGUCUUCCCAAGCCGCAAGUGGCAAAACAUUUCAUACAGUUGAUUUGGAAGGCACGUACGGCCUCUUCAUGUGUCGAGGUGACCUCCCCUCUAGCCUAUGCAGUCAAUGUGUGAAAAACGCAACAGAUCGAAUAUACUCAAAGUGUCUUUCAUCCCUGGAGGGUAUAAUUUGGGCAAUUCCAUGGUCAUAUUUGGGAAGUGUUGGGGGAAGAAUUAUAUAUCCUAGUUGCAAUAUCAGGUUUGAAUUGUUCCAAUUUUACAUGGAGGCCGGCGACGACGAAGAUCAGCUUCCGAGUAGUCCUUCUCCAUUAUCAAGAAAUGCAGAAAAACGGACAAUCAUCUUCAUUGUUUGCCCUAUCAUUAUUUUGGUGAUCCUCUUUUCUAUUGGCUACUACUUACUAAAGAGAAGGGGAAGAAAGAGUCGUAGUACUAUUCUUCGAGAAAAUUUUGGUGAAGAAAGUGCCACUUUAGAACCACUACGAUUUGAUUGGAUGGCAAUUCAAGCGGCAACAAACAACUUUUCUAUUGACAAUUAUAUUGGUAAAGGUGGUUUCGGAGAGGUUUACAAGGGCAUCCUUUUUGACGGUCGAGAAGUAGCUAUAAAAAGGCUUUCUGAAAGUUCUAAACAAGGUGUGGAGGAGUUCAAUAAUGAAGUAUUAUUAAUAGCCAAGCUUCAACAUAGAAACCUAGUGACAUUCAUUGGGUUUUGUCUUGAAGAACAUGAGAAAAUACUUAUUUAUGAAUAUGUGCCCAACAAAAGUCUUGAUUACAUUUUAUUUGAUUCUCAAGAGAAAAAGUCGUUAACUUGGGUUGAACGCGUUAACAUCAUAGGAGGAAUUGCUCGAGGAAUUUUAUAUUUGCAUGAGCAUUCUCGACUGAAAGUUAUACACCGUGAUCUCAAACCUAGCAAUAUUCUAUUAGAUGAAAAUAUGAUUCCUAAAAUUUCAGAUUUUGGUUUAGCUCGAAUUGUUGAAAUAAGUCAAGACGAAAGAAGUACAAAGAGAAUUGUCGGAACAUAUGGUUAUAUAUCUCCUGAGUAUGCAAUGUUUGGACAAUUUUCUGAAAAAUCAGACGUUUAUAGUUUUGGAGUAAUGAUUUUAGAGAUUGUUGCUGGAAAGAAGAAUAAUAUAAGCUCAUCUACACCACAAUGUUUUGUUGACGGUCUCUUGAAUUAUGUGUGGAGACAAUGGAUGGAUCAAACACCUUUCAACAUAUUGGACCCAAAUCUCAAAGAAGACUAUUCUAAAAGUGAAGUCAUCAAGUGUAUUCAGAUUGGUCUAUUAUGUGUUCAACAUGAUCCAGAUGCAAGACCUUCGAUUGUGACAGUUGCCUCUUAUCUUAGUAGUUAUUCAAUUGAAUUACCAGCACCUCAUGAACCUGCGUUUUUCUUGCGUAGUAAAACUUAUUCAAAAUCUCUCAUAGAAGAAUCAAGUUCUACUCAAUCUGCCUAUAGUUCUACUCUAUUGUCUACAAAUGAAAUGUCUGCAAGUAUUUUUUUACCUAGAUAG